AUGGCAGGAGAGUUUUUCACCAUGGAAAAUAUGCUUCUGCAUGCAAUCGAAGGCCCAGACUUCCCUCGGUCAGUAGCUGCAUCUGACUUGCUUCUACUAGAAAACCAGCUGCCUUGGGGAGUUGUUGAAUGUUUAUUCGAACUCACAAAGGAACCCAAUCAAGAACGUUCUUGCAACUAUCUGACAGAGCUUUGUGGUAGAGUGUGGAGGGAUCCGGUUGAGACUGUAGUUUGUGGUAGACCGCUUGGGAUUGUAGAGGAGAAAUCGAGAAGCCGACAUCUACUUGACACUUGGCGACUCUUCUCAUCUGGACCAGACCACAUAUGUGAAGUUUAUUCAUGGUUCUCGCUCCCUUCUUCUGCAACGGAGCUUUUGCAAAUUGGAGUGAAAUUCAGAAGAAGACGGAGUGAUGAAAAUAUCCUUAUCGUAACCUUCGUGAACGGAGUAAUGAAGAUUUCACCGAUAUUUGGGAAACCUUUCCAUCUACUGAGAAACCUCGUCUCCAUGGAAGAGUGCGAUUCGACGGGUCCCCAUCAGUAUAAGAUUACCUCUUAUUGCAGGAUCAUGAAUGAUCUUAUUAAGUCAACCAAAGAUGUGGAGCUUCUCAUUGAAAAAGGCAUUCUUCCGAGGGUCGGCAUCAAUAAUGAGGAGUUGGCUGGUUUCUUUAAUGACAUUUGCAACAAUACUGUCACAACCUCCUCUUAUUCUGCGUCAUUUGUUGAAAUUUCCAGAAGUGUGUGGCUGUAUUAUAAGAGGCAUUGGGUAUGGAGAUGGAUAGCAUGGAUCAAGCAUGACUAUUUGCACAAUCCAUCAUCAAUAUGGUCGGUUUCUAAUGCAGUGGUUCUUGUUAUAAUUCUCACUGCCAUACGGACUAUAUAUUCAGUUCUCUCUUACUACAAGUCGACCUAG